AGACGACAAAGGAAGGAGUCUUUCCGUGUGUUCAAGAAGUAUAUCUCUCUAUCCAUGGCGGAUGCACGCGGUGAUGAUCUAGCUGAAUCGCUAAAGAAUCUCUUCACGAGUGUAUCAUCCAUGGUGAAAUCCGAGCUCCAGGGAACGAACAAUCAGCUGGAUCUGUUGGAGAAGAUGAACCUGAGAGUUGCGGCGGAGUACGAUGAUCUGGGUGACGUGGCGGCUGGGCUGAGAGUUUUCGCGGAGCAGAUGAAGUCGAAAAGUGGAGGCUUGGAUGAGUUCGUGGGACAGAUGGACGCGAUCGAGAAACAAGUGUCGGAGUUUGAAGCUGUUAUCUCUGUUCUCGAUCGGUACGUGUCUGUCCUAGAAUCCAAAGUCCGAGCUGAGUGUCGGAAUCAUCAACAUCAUCGUCGGUCUAAUGAGACUGUUACAGAAUGAUUCACCAUUGUAAUAACUAUUAAGAGUUAUCCGAAAUGUUACUGAAACUUUGUUUUCCUUUUAGUUUUAAGUUUAACCAAACUGUAAUUGGAUUGACCAAACUCGUUUCCUUGUGUCUGAACCAAACUAUAGUUGUUGCUUUUUAUGAACUAGCCAAAGAACAGCUCUAUCUUGUCUC